CACUUGUGCUCAGUAUUUAGUACAGGCGGGUCGACAUCUGACCAUCGGGGGCGUCCAUCUUGCUGAAGAAAAUUGCCGGUUAACUGUUCAAGGAAGCUUUGUAGUAAGCAAAAGACAUGACGAACGCUUCAGAAAAUGAUCAAGACGUUCAUAAAGGCUAUCUUCAUAAGUGGACAAAUUAUUUAAAGGGGUAUCAGAAACGAUUCUUCAUACUCAACAACGGUCUGCUUUCCUACUACAGAAAUCCCAAUGAAGUGGAACAUUCUUGCAGAGGUACGAUUAACUUGGCGAAUGCUAAACUAAGCUACGAAACAGAUUCUUUAGCUUUUGUUAUAACAAAUAAGAGUGGAGAAACGUUUCAUUUGAGAGCCUUAAGCGACUCGGAUAGAACUUUGUGGCUGAAUAAAAUAAAAGAGGCAAAGAGCAAGCAGAUAAAGGAUGAAGAAUCAUCUGAUGACGACGAGGAACAAGCUUACCCGAGUAAAGCUGAAAUACAAGAUACUUUGAAACACCUAAAUAAGAAGUUGGAAGCACUAGUGACAUGUAGAGAUGUACUAACAAAACAUUUCCCACCUCUUCAGAAGGCUUUAACUGAUUUAGAAAAGCUGUCACCCACAUCACAUCAUGAUUUGGAAGCUCUACCGGUUAAAGUGAAAGCUCUCAACGAGAGAGCGUCGAUGUAUCGCUUAAUGUCCAAUUCGAUGAUUGGCGCAUGCGCAGAUUUCAUAGAACUAGCACAAGCGCAAGGUGGGCGAUGGCAGAAGAUGCUAAAGAGUGAGCACGAAAAUCGCAAGCAGUUAGAAAAGCUGGUUGAACAAAUAGCUAAGCAGCAAAGAAAACUUGAAAAAGAAACCUUUAAGGUUCUCUCUAACUCUGGUUUGAAACCUCCCCCACUACCUGUUGCUAUGGAUAAUGCACCCCAAGACUCAGAUGAAUCAGAAGAUUUUCAAGAUGCUGUUGAAAUUCAAGACUUUUCAGAUAUGCAAGAUUCGUCUCCGGAUUGGCGAAAUAGAGCACAUAUUGUAGGUCAUUCGAGAAGUGCAUCUGCUGGAAGCGCUGACAGCUUUUUGGGCCCAACCAGAGAUAAUAGGCAACAUUCAAGAGAAUCGAGUAGUUCAUCAAUUGAAAGUUGGACAAAAACUGGUCAAAAACUUAUUGUUGCUCACCCUAGGAAAAGACGAGAUAGAAUUCCAAGUAAGCCAAAUUCUGGAGUUAAUCUUUGGUCAAUUGUUAAGAAUUGUAUUGGAAAGGAGCUUUCCAAAAUACCUAUGCCUGUAAAUUUUAGUGAACCUCUCUCAAUGUUACAAAGACUAGCUGAAGAUUUUGAGUACUCCGAUCUAUUAGAUCAGGCAGCUAAAUGUGAUGACUACUGCGAGCAGAUGGUCUACGUAGCUGCUUUUACUGUAUCAUCUUACGCAAAUACAGCCAGCCGAACUGGUAAGCCGUUCAAUCCCCUUUUAGGAGAAACCUUCGAGGCAGAUAGAAGAGACGAUUUUGGCUGGCGAUUGGUCGCCGAGCAGGUUAGCCAUCAUCCUCCUGCUUGUGCAACAUAUACUGAAGGUCGUAACUGGAGAGCUUGGCAAGAAUUUACUAUGGCCUCAAAAUUUCGCGGAAAGUACCUACAGAUUAUUCCUCAAGGUAUUGCUCAUCUAGAAUUUCCAAAGUCCGGGAACCAUUACACUUGGCGUAAAGUUACGACAACAGUUCAUAAUAUCAUCCUUGGUAAUCUAUGGGUUGAUAAUCACGGUGAUAUGGUUAUUCAAAAUCAUACCACAAGAGACAAGUGCCAAUUGAACUACUCGGCCUAUUCGUAUUUUUCAAGAGAUAAACCUCGCCGUGUAACAGGAGUAAUAACCGAUAAGGAUGGUGUUCGCCGGUAUGUUCUUCGUGGUUUUUGGGAUGAUCAAAUAGACGGAGCCAAAGUGAUAAAUACUACAAUGUCUAAGGGCAAGACUAUUUACGAAACUAGUUCACAUAAGCUAAUUUGGAAGAGAAGAGUUUAUCCAGAACUUAGCUCUUGCUAUAAUAUGACAAAAUUCGCUGUUGAGUUAAAUGAGCCGGAAGAUGGCGUUGCCCCCACUGACUCAAGAAAUAGACCCGAUCAACGUCAGAUGGAAGAAGGCAAUUUUGAAGCAGCAAAUAAGAUAAAAGUGAUGCUGGAGGAAAAACAACGUGCAGCUAGAAAGAAGCGAGAAGAAGAGGCUGCUACUUUAGGAAUUGAAGGGGAAAACUGGACUCCUUGCUGGUUCAAGAAGAUUGUUGAUAAAUCUGUAGAUCCGAACGGGCAAUCCAUUCACGUUUUCACCCACGAGUAUUGGCAAAAUAAAGAAAAACAAGACUGGUCCAGAAGUCCAGAUAUAUUUAUUAGCGAUGCUGAAAAGAAAUAAAUUCUACUUCCAUUAUCAACAUUAUUUUUCCUAUCAAGAGGUGUAAAUGAACUGUUGAAAGCUUUUCAAGAUAUUUACUAAAACAAAAAAAAAAAAAGCAAUUGACUUUAAAAAAAAAAAAGAAAAAAAAAGAUUUUUUCUUCAUUCUUUUUUUGGGAAUGGAUAAAAUUGAUUCGUUUAUGCACCGUUCGCAAAAGUUGAACGUUUUGUGAUUUUUUUAAAAAAAUUCUAGUCUUCAUUCUCGUUUUUUCUUUUUUACAAUUUUAUAUUUUCCAUAAAAUGUCCAAUUUAAAAGAAAAAAGGAGAUUACGUAGUAAAAAGAGGCAGUGAGAUAAAAUUGAAUGGAAGGACAUAUAUUUAAAUAUAUAUAUAUAUAUACAUAUAUAUAUAUAUAUAUUACUAAUAUAUCCGUAAUUGUAUUUUUCGUAUGCAUGAACUCGAAUGGCAGAUUUACUUAUAUACAGUAAGAAAAAGACAAAAUGAAUAGUAGAUAUCUUUGACAAAUUAGCUUUUUCAUUUUUGAAAAGGGGAUAUAGCUCAGUUUUUUUUUCACACCAUUUGCUUUGCAGCUAUAGUCUGCAAAGAAAGGUCUAAUAAAAGAAGAUAGUAGCAGGGUUAUUCAAAGAUUUUUUUUUUCUUAGAAUCGUUUGAUUUGUCGGUGCUGAAUAGUAAUUUUCUAAAGAAUAUGCAGCUUAACUUGAAGUUCUGCUUCGUCUCAUUCUUCAACUACUGCUUUGCUAACGUAAAAUAUUCUCUUACUCACGAGAAAAAUGUUCUGUUACAUUUUGUGUAUAGCUAUGAAAAAAAUGCUUAUUUUUUUCCCCAAUAACUUAAUAUAUUAAGCAAUAAUAAAAGAUCAUAUUUCAGAA